AUGGUGAAAGCUCCAGCUAUUGGUAUCGACUUGGGAACUACCUACUCCUGUGUUGGAGUAUGGCAGCACGGAAAGGUGGAAAUCAUCGCCAACGACCAAGGCAACAGAACGACGCCCAGUUAUGUGGCUUUUACGGACUCGGAGCGUCUCCUCGGAGACGCCGCUAAGAACCAGGUGGCGAUGAAUCCGAGCAACACGAUUUUCGACGCCAAACGACUCAUCGGGAGGAAAUACGACGACCCGAAGAUCCAACAAGACAUCAAACACUGGCCGUUUAAGGUGGUGAAUGAUGGCGGCAAGCCCAAAAUCCAAGUGGAAUACAAAGGCGAGAGGAAGGUAUUCGCACCGGAGGAAGUUAGCUCCAUGGUGUUGAUUAAGAUGAAGGAAACGGCCGAAGCUUACCUAGGAACAACAGUCAAAGACGCAGUUAUCACGGUUCCGGCGUACUUCAACGAUUCCCAAAGACAAGCCACCAAAGACGCCGGUGCCAUAGCAGGCAUUAACGUUCUGAGGAUCAUAAACGAGCCCACGGCGGCCGCUUUGGCUUACGGUCUGGACAAGAGUCUCAAAGGCGAAAGAAACGUACUGAUAUUCGAUCUCGGCGGCGGUACGUUUGAUGUAUCCAUUCUCACGAUCGAUGAAGGUUCUCUCUUCGAAGUCAGAGCAACGGCCGGCGAUACGCACCUCGGCGGUGAAGAUUUCGACAACAGGCUGGUGACUCACUUCGCCGAAGAAUUCCAGAGGAAAUACAAGAAAGAUUUACGCUCCAACCCGAGGGCUUUGCGUCGAUUAAGAACGGCAGCCGAACGAGCUAAACGAACUCUAUCGUCUAGCACGGAAGCCACUCUAGAAAUAGACGCCCUCUACGAAGGCAUCGACUUCUACACCAAGAUAACUAGAGCUCGCUUCGAAGAACUGUGCUUCGACCUCUUCAGAGGAACACUGGAACCGGUAGAAAAGGCCCUCAAAGACGCUAAAAUGGACAAGGGACAAAUUCACGACGUAGUCCUCGUCGGCGGAUCUACGCGCAUUCCGAAAAUACAGUCGCUUCUGCAGAAUUACUUCAGCGGCAAAUCCCUCAAUCUGUCCAUUAAUCCAGACGAAGCUGUCGCCUACGGAGCCGCCGUCCAAGCAGCCGUGCUCAGCGGAGAAACCGAUUCCAAGAUCCAAGACGUCCUCUUGGUAGACGUCGCCCCGUUAUCGUUGGGUAUCGAGACGGCCGGCGGAGUCAUGACGAAAAUCAUCGAAAGAAACGCCAGGAUACCGUGCAAGCAAACCCAAACUUUUACCACGUACUCCGACAACCAACCAGCCGUUACAAUCCAAGUGUUCGAAGGUGAAAGGGCGAUGACGAAGGACAACAAUCUUUUGGGCACUUUCGAUUUGACGGGGAUACCACCAGCUCCUCGCGGGGUGCCGAAAAUCGAGGUGACUUUCGACUUGGACGCCAACGGCAUCCUGAAUGUCUCCGCUAAAGACACCAGCUCAGGCAACUCGCGCAACAUCGUCAUCAAAAACGACAAGGGCAGGCUGUCCCAGAAAGACAUCGACAGAAUGGUGUCGGAAGCGGAGCAGUACAAGGAAGAAGACGAACGUCAACGAGAGAAAAUCUCCGCAAGGAACCAAUUAGAAGGCUACGUAUUCCAAUUGAAGCAGGCUGUACAAGAUUGCGGCGAUAAGUUGCCGGCCGAAGACAAAGCGACGGUGGAAAGGGAGUGCGAUAGUUGCUUAAAAUGGUUGGACAGCAAUACGCUGGCGGAAAAAGAAGAAUACGAGGAUAAACAGAAGCAGUUGACUGCGACUUGCAGUCCGAUUAUGGCAAAAUUGUACCAAGGCCAAGGUGGCAAUCAAUUUGGAGGAAUGCCGGGAGGUAGUUGCGGUCAGCAAGCCGGAGGAUUCGGUGGAGCACCGGGCGGACCUACCAUUGAAGAGUUAUACAAAAGUGUCAAAAUGGUGAAAGCUCCAGCUAUUGGUAUCGACUUGGGAACUACCUACUCCUGUGUUGGAGUAUGGCAGCAUGGAAAGGUGGAAAUCAUCGCCAACGACCAAGGCAACAGAACGACGCCCAGUUAUGUGGCUUUUACGGACUCGGAGCGUCUCCUCGGAGACGCCGCUAAGAACCAGGUGGCGAUGAAUCCGAGCAACACGAUUUUCGACGCCAAACGACUCAUCGGGAGGAAAUACGACGACCCGAAGAUCCAACAAGACAUCAAACACUGGCCGUUUAAGGUGGUGAAUGAUGGCGGCAAGCCCAAAAUCCAAGUGGAAUACAAAGGCGAGAGAAAGGUAUUCGCGCCGGAGGAAGUUAGCUCCAUGGUGUUGAUUAAGAUGAAGGAAACGGCCGAAGCUUACCUAGGAACAACAGUCAAAGACGCAGUUAUCACGGUUCCGGCGUACUUCAACGAUUCUCAAAGACAAGCUACCAAAGACGCCGGUGCCAUAGCAGGCAUCAACGUCCUGAGGAUCAUAAACGAGCCCACGGCGGCCGCUUUGGCUUACGGUCUGGACAAGAGUCUCAAAGGCGAAAGGAACGUACUGAUAUUCGAUCUCGGCGGCGGUACGUUUGAUGUAUCCAUCCUCACGAUCGACGAAGGUUCUCUCUUCGAAGUCAGAGCAACGGCCGGCGAUACGCACCUCGGCGGUGAAGAUUUCGACAACAGGCUGGUGACUCACUUCGCCGAAGAAUUCCAGAGGAAAUACAAGAAAGAUUUACGCUCCAACCCGAGGGCUUUGCGUCGAUUAAGAACGGCCGCCGAACGAGCUAAACGAACUCUAUCGUCUAGCACGGAAGCCACUCUAGAAAUCGACGCCCUCUACGAAGGCAUCGACUUCUACACCAAGAUAACUAGAGCUCGCUUCGAAGAACUGUGCUCCGACCUCUUCAGAGGAACGCUGGAACCGGUAGAAAAGGCCCUGAAGGACGCUAAAAUGGACAAGGGACAAAUUCACGACGUCGUGCUCGUCGGCGGAUCUACGCGCAUUCCGAAAAUACAGUCGCUCCUGCAGAACUACUUCAGCGGCAAAUCCCUCAAUCUGUCCAUCAAUCCAGACGAAGCGGUCGCCUACGGAGCCGCCGUCCAAGCAGCCGUGCUCAGCGGAGAAACCGAUUCCAAAAUCCAAGACGUCCUCUUGGUGGACGUCGCCCCGUUAUCGCUGGGUAUCGAGACGGCCGGCGGAGUCAUGACGAAGAUCAUCGAAAGAAACGCCAGAAUACCGUGCAAGCAAACCCAAACUUUUACCACGUACUCCGACAACCAACCAGCCGUUACAAUCCAAGUGUUCGAAGGUGAAAGGGCGAUGACGAAGGACAACAAUCUAUUGGGCACUUUCGAUUUGACGGGGAUACCACCAGCUCCUCGCGGGGUGCCGAAAAUCGAGGUGACUUUUGACUUGGACGCCAACGGCAUCUUAAACGUCUCUGCUAAAGACACCAGCUCAGGCAACUCGCGCAACAUCGUCAUCAAAAACGACAAGGGCAGGCUGUCCCAGAAAGACAUCGACAGAAUGGUGUCGGAAGCGGAGCAGUACAAGGAAGAAGACGAACGUCAACGAGAGAAAAUCUCCGCAAGGAACCAAUUAGAGGGCUACGUAUUCCAAUUGAAGCAAGCUGUUCAAGAUUGCGGCGAUAAGUUGCCGGCCGAAGACAAAGCGACGGUUGAAAGGGAGUGCGAUAGUUGCUUGAAAUGGUUGGACAGCAACACGCUGGCCGAAAAAGAAGAAUACGAGGAUAAACAGAAGCAGUUGACUGCGACUUGCAGUCCGAUUAUGGCAAAAUUGUACCAAGGCCAAGGUGGCAAUCAAUUUGGAGGAAUGCCGGGAGGUAGUUGCGGUCAGCAAGCCGGAGGAUUCGGUGGAGCACCGGGCGGACCUACCAUUGAAGAGGUGGAUUAA